AUGAUACUUGUCCUUUUACUCGUCGCUAGUGGUCUUUCUGCGUGUGUUAAAAAGAGUGAAAAUGAGUGUUACAAAGCCGUUGGGUGUGUGUGGAAUCAAGUUGAAAAUGUGUGUGAAGGACACAAUUUAUUACACAAUGAAAAACAUUUUACAGACUAUGUCUUGCAAUUUUUGAAAGGGGUGGGGUCGAUCAUUGGAAAAGUGUUUUGGCCCGUUUCCUAUUUACUCGAAAAUCCGGUGUACAUUUUUUAUAUCCUUUUAGUCUUUGUAUUUAUCGCGGGCGUUGCUGCGUUGAUAAGUAGUGCUGAAUUAAAGAUGUUUAACCCUGCAACAGCAAAAGUUUUUAACACCAAAAUGGAGUAA